UACGUCAGGCAGUGAAAGGAAAACAAGGCAAGAUUCAAAAAGUUGUCAGGCUUGAAAAAAGCUGUAAAAUUCUUAUCAUUCCCAGUUCUGCGCGCUUAGUCACGUCGACAGGCUUUCGUCGUAAGUUCCUUUUCCUCACAGUCAAGUGAAAGUAUUACUUAAAGUGAUUUCGGCAACGAUCUGAAAGAAAGCAGCUUACGAGUGUUCACUGGGAACAGCCCAAAUUUGUACGAAGAAAAACGUGUGCGUAUAUAUAUUUUUUUCUUUUCGUACAACCCAUAACUUCACAGAAGAUGUGAAGGGGGAGUAUUGGUGUGCAGUGCAGAAGCAAAAAAACGGAACAGAAACGAUCGUCAGGGCAGAGCCUUACUGCGUGUUUGUUUAUGUUUUGGUCAGCCGUAAUUUCGUUGCUAGUUUUUCCUCGAACCCGUGCAUGUGUGUGCUUCGUGCUCUUUGUUCAGGAUAAUUAUAAGAAAUAAAUAUUUUCAUUCGCGCUCGAAUCGCUGGAAUAAAGAACAAGUUUGACGAACUCAGCCAAGGAAGCAGAAUUUUAUUUCAGUGGAGGUGGUAGUCGUUGAAAGUCGAAAGGAAAGGCGGUGUGUUGUACAGACGGAAAACCCGGUCUUGCUGGACUAGUGAGAAGAAGAAGGCUUCAUGAUGAUGGAAGCAGAAGAUGGGGAUAGUUUCCCGUAUCUAGGGAGCGAUAAGACUCCGACACACCCGUCGUUUACUUGCGAUAGUUUUUCGAUUCAUCCGGAUGUGGUAUCGGAUACGAGCCCAGCACCGCUCGUGUCGUUGGACAUGUACGGCGAUGAUGACUACAGUAGCAACGAGCGGCCCCAGUCCGGUGCGGAACUGUGGAAUGGAAACAGUGGAGGGUCCCGCCGGGCCGACAAGUUUAGUAAAAGUUUCCUGCUGAUGGACGAACGGGAAAAUGUGCAACUCAAAUCGGCGGAUUAUUUCUGCAAGAAGCUUGGAGCGGCGCCAGAAUCGAAAAUCAAAGUAGUUUCCAUAUUCGGGAAUACCGGCGAUGGCAAAAGUCACACCAUGAACCACGUCUUCUUCGGCGGGAAGGAAGUGUUCAUGACUUCGUCGCAGCAAAGUUCCUGUACGAUGGGAAUUUGGGCAUCCUACCAUCGGUCCAACAAUGUGCUGUGCUUGGACACGGAAGGACUGCUCGGCGAGACGACGAAUGAAAAUCGGCAGAUGCGGAUGCUGCUGAAAGUGUUGGCCAUUUCCGAUAUCAUCAUUUACCGGACGCGAUCGGAACGACUGCGAACGGAUAUGUACAAAUUUUUGGGUACGGCUUCGAAAGCUUUUACCAAAUAUUUUGCCACUGCCCUGCAAACGUUGGCCCUGCCAGGCUCGCCCCAAUCUUUGGGUCCAGCGGUAAUAAUAUUUCACGAGACACAAAAUACCGAAGUUCUAAAAGAGGACGACGAAGGCAAAAAGGAAGAAGAUAUUCUGAGGGAACGGUUUGCUAAAUCGAAACUCGACUUAUCGGCAUUUAGUUCGUUGCGAUACGUGGGAAUACGGACCAGUAAGCCUCCCACAAACUACGAACCGCUAAGAAUGGCACUGGAGAAAGAGCUCAAAAAUACGACCGUGCGGUCACCCCGGCAACCAACUGUCGUUUUCGAGGCACUGCUGGCACUGAAUCGUAAGUUCAACGGAGAGCUUUCGGCGUGUCCUAAUCAUACCUUCCCGGAGCAGUAUUUUACCUGUACAACAUACUGCAAAUCCUGUGAGGCUCGCUGUCAACUAUCCAUGGGCCAUCUGGACACGAAGGAGGAUCACAAGUGCGCCGACACGUGCAAGUACCAGCACCAGUUCGAGAACAAGGUCUAUCUGUGCAACAAGUGUCACUACAACGGUCGAUCGGUGGUUGUGACCAUCAAAACCCAAACAAGCAACGAUUCCUCCUGGUUAGGCUUAGCCAAGUACGCCUGGAGUGGAUCCGUCAUCGAGUGUCCGUACUGUGGAGAAAUCUAUCGUUCACGGCAGCACUGGUACGGAAACAAAUCACCGGAACAGGCCGCGGUCAGACCCGAAAUCGUACACGUUUGGAAUGAUGGUGGCUUGCAGACUCGGGGUCCAACCCACUCGGCUCAACUGGUGCUGGACGGGGUGGCCUACAUUACGGAUGCACUGGUCAGUGUUGGAGAGCAGCCGACGAAAACGAUCAAAUCGUGGGUAGCGGAUAAGAUUAGACCAACCUAUUGGCGCCCGGAUAGUGAAAUUAUUUAUUGUAAAGGUUGUACUUGCAACUUCGAACGUCUAGAGCUCAAAAAGCAUCACUGCCGUAACUGUGGAGAAGGAUUCUGCAGUGCCUGUUCGAAGGCCAAAAUGCCCGUCAUCAAUCGUGGUUGGGACUAUCCGGUGCGGGUUUGCAAUGGCUGCCGAGAUGAGUUAAACAAGGCAAAGCGGGCCAAUGGAGCGGAGGUGGCUCCCACGCGAGCCAUUAGCAGUGAAAGUGAACCGGAUGCCACGUCUCCUUCGGGUAACAACUCCGUAAACGAUGCGGAAGCAAACGUUAUGGCUCGUAAAUAUGGCGAAGUAGUGAUCAACACGUUAAGUAACAUCAGUGCCGUACUGGAAUAUCCAAAAGACCUUAUAAAAGACUCCGCCCGGCCGUCUUACUGGGUGCCGGAUGCGGAAGCUCCCCGGUGCUACAUCUGCGAGCUGGUGUUCGGUUCACCGGAGGAACUUAACUCUACCAUCCCGUUGGUGCAGGCCGGUUCGACCAUCAACGGGAAGCAUGUGAUGCGACAGUUGGCUGCUGCUGCCGGAGACAGUCCGUCAACCGACAAUCGGUCGAGCGGUCGAGGGACAGCUGUGGUACCGUCACCCUCGCCUUCUCCUUCACACGCAUCCUAUCUGGCCAUCGACCGACGAAGACACCACUGCCGGGCCUGUGGGACUGCGGUUUGUGCCGGCUGCUCCGAACAUCGCCGGCCCGUCCCGAAGCGAGGAUGGCUGAACGAUGUACGAGUGUGCAACAGUUGUUUUUCCAAUACCGAUUAAAUGCGUUACGCUACUUACAAGCAGGUUUGGUAUAUUGAUUCACACGCACACAAAACAAAAUCUUACCGGAAUGAAGCAACUCGAACGAAGGAUACGAAUGUGAUAGUUGGUUUAAAUGCGUUUAAUUGCCUAAAUAUUUUGAUCGUUUGUAUUAGCUAGUGAAAAGGUUUGGCAAACCAUAAGAUGGUGGUAACGAUCUGGGGAUUAUUUACGAGAAAGACUGCGGUUUGGAUUAUACUAUAGAAAAAUGAACUUGUUUUUUGAUAUUUUCUGUAAAUAUCGUAACUAUUGAUCAGACGCACGAUAUAGGUUACACCUCAAAACGUAUUGAACAUGGAAAUUAGAUACUACAAAUGCCAACUAGUUGAUAUAGUCCUCGUAUUAUGAAUUAGGCCUAAUGCAGCAUGCUCUUAUUACAGAUAUUCAGUAGUGUAGAUACAGAAACUGUUGACGAUUUUUAUUUUACCAUAAAAUAAAUGAUUUCCUCGAA